CGCCGAGAACGGUUAUCGCGUCUAAUCGAAUUUGGCUUAAGUUCGCAGCAAAUAGUCAGGCGAGAAAAAGAGCCAGGGAAAUUCGCUGGGAAACCAGAGGAUGCGGAAAAGCGUCGAAAUUCCUACGAAAGAUGUGUGAUUGCGCCAUCGUUACUUUUUUUCUGUGCUCGAGUGUUAAGCCCGGCAAGUGAACCAGUUUUGCCUCUGCGGUUUUUAUCACCCCGGAUUCCAGACUCCGGACUUCUGGAGCUGGUGCUCCAUUUAAAGGAUAUUCCAUGCCGAUGCCGGAAUAAAUAGCAUCGAGGAGCGACACUGGAAAACGGUUACGGAAUGGAUGCGCGCCGGCAGAAACGACUUGGCCCAGCGCCAAUUGCAUCCUUCGAAAAGUCAUUCGAGGACAAUGCCACGACAAAUGCACCGCAGCAGAGCCAGCACCAGCAGGAGCAACAGCAUCAGCAUCCUGGCCAUGCGGCGAUGAUGGAGCAAAGUGUGCGAAACCAGACAACGAUGUCGACGACGACGAAUCGCAAUAGAACCGCCGGCGGCAUAGAAGCAGCCAGCAUAGCCGCAUCCACAUCCGCAAGUGCAAAUGCAGCCACCUCCGCAUCCGCAUCCGCAUCCGCAGCAUCUGCAGCAUCCGCAUCCACCUCCUCCUCCUCGUCGUCAUCGGUUUCAUCGGCCACUUGCUCGGCCACGAUUGUCCAGGCGAAACAGCGACCUCCGCCGCUGAAAACGGCGACGACAACGGUGACCACCACUUUGGUGAGCAGCAGCGAGGGCGGUCAGCCCAUCCCACCCACCGCCCAUCCAGGUGGCGGUCCGGGGGGCAGUGGUGCGGGCGCGGGCGCAGGGGGUGGUACUUAUCGCGGUGCCACCCUGACCACGCCCUCAACGCCCCGCAUCGAGCUAAGUCGCGCCUCCAGUUCGUCGCAUCACGAGGAGGACAGCCGGGAAAGCAGUCCGGAAAAUGUAUUCGAGCAGGUCGGCACUGGCACCCUACAGGAAACGAUUGGCCUUGGCUUUCGGGAGGACGGCGCCCUCGAGCUGCGCAGCUCCACCGAGGAGCUGUACUUCAUGGAUGCCGAGCAGAAGAAGGAGGAGCAGGAGCGGAUCCAGCAGCAGCAGCAGCAGGCCAAGCGCUCGUCGCCGCACAUCUUCAAGUUCGACGACCACCAGAGCUACCUGCAGCAGCACCAGCGCAAGGAUUCGGCCAGCUCGGAGGUGGCCGCCCUGCUCUGCAUCUCCGGUCGCACCAGCCGCAUCUCCAGCGUGGGCAGCCAGGGAUCGGCGGUGAGUCGCCUCUCGGCGAUAUCGGGUGUCUCGCGCUCGCCCUCGCCGCAUCGCAUGCUGCUGGAGACAUCCUUCUGCGGCCCCAAACCCGUCGAGCUUGGAGCCGGUACUACCGGUGUUGUCAGUGGUGGCGGUGGUGGCAGUGGUGCCUCCACGGCAGCCAGUUCCGCCCACAGUCAGUCGGCGGAGGGAAUGCCAGGUGCCGGAACAGUGGCGGCAAAUGCUGCACUGUUGGAGCAACUCCUCUUGGCCCGGAAACAUGAUCCCACCCAGGCGGUCCUCGCCGAGGGCAUCAAGGUCCUGCCCCCCGCUCCAACGGCAGCCGCUUCAAGUCGCAGCCGGAGCAGGCAACCAGCCAGUUCGAUGGCUAACGGGGAAAGGAUGGCAGAGAAGGAGCCCAAGACGAAGGCCACAAUUGGCGCCCAACGCAGAAGCACCAAGAGCCCGGGUCAAAUGGUCGUGGGCAAGACGGCCAGCGGAACGGAGUACAUAAGGAUUAAUCUGCGGCCGGAUCACAUGUACAGUGACAAGGGCAUCGCCUCCAAUGAACGGGUGGUGGAGGCACCCAAUCAACUGGCACCGGUUUACUCCAAGCCCGCCUCGCUGAGUUUGCAGGGUGGACCCAUCGAGGAGCACCGUCUGACCCCCACGGCAAGUCCCAAGCCAGGCCGACGACUGGCCAGUCGCUCACCCUCGCCCGCAACUGGCGGAGGAGCAGGAGGCGGAGGAGGAACAGUCUCCCGCAAGAGCUCCUUCAGCUCACUCUUCCGGCUGGGCAAGGACUCACCGGAUUCGCCCAGGGAAACGGCUCGUUCGCGUAGCAAAAGCAAAGAGCGACCCGCAACCGCCUCGGGUGGAUUGGGCGGAGAACGUGGUGGCGGAGGAGGAGGAGGCGGUGGCUCCCAGAAUGUGACUCCCAGCAAGCAAAAGUCCGUAUUGGCCAUCUUCAAGCCAGGAAAGAGGGGUAGCCAGAGCAGCAAGAGCUCAUCGCCGAUAGAGUCCAGUGUGGAGCCAGUUCCACCGCCACCACCACCCGCACCCGGAUCAGGAUCUGGGUCCGCCAAUCGCAGUCGCACUCCCGCCGGAUCUCGGCCAGGAAGUCGCCUGCGCUACUACGACGAGCCCGUGGAGGGGGUCAUCCAUAUACCGCUGCACACGCCGCCCGAGGAGCGGGAGGCUCGAACCCUGCUGCAGGGCAUCCAACAGCUGACCCAUGCGGCCCAGGCCAGCAUGGAUCCCUCGCCGCUGCCCACCCACCGAGCUCCACCGCCCGCAUCCGCCCAACCGGUGGUGGCCUCCAGUACCCAGAUCACGACCACCCAAUUGGCGGCCGCAGCAGCUGCACUGCGUCCGGUGGCCCAGAGGAGGGUGGCCCAACGACCCGAUCUGGAUGCCAUACAAUCGCUGCCCAGCCAGGAGGAUCCACCCGGAAUAGGUGCCUCGGGGGAGGAGCAGGCGCUUCAGCCGGCGGAGCAGGCCAACUGGAGCCUGGAGGUGCAGCGGCACAGUUCGCAGGACUCGCAGGAGACGACGGCCGAGUCGGUGGGCUCGGUGGUCAGUGCCCGGGCCGCCAAUCUCGCCCAGCAGCGGGAGCAGGCGGUGGCGGCGGCCAUGCAGCGAUUGCCCUCGGUGGAGAGCACCCAGAGUGCCUGCGAGCCGAGACUGGUGCACACGGUGGCCACCGUGAAUCCAGCUCCCAAUCCGGAUGCGGAGGCGGCGGCCAAGGAGCGAAGGCGCCUGCUGUUCGCCACUCGCCUGGGCUCCGGCAGCCAGGAGCAGCUCUUCUCCACCCAGUUCAGUAUUUCAAAGACCGAGAGCCAGUCCAGCCAGCUGUCGGAGCAGGUGGAGCACUCUGGUUCAGAGACAACGACGGAGGGAUUGCAGCGCCAGGGAACCGUGAUCCGGAGAGUGGAGGCGACCUCCUCCUCCACCGGCCCUCCGCCGCCGCCACCGCGGGGAGUCUACAGUUCGGAGGAGGAGCAGGGCGGCGGCGGCGGAGGAGGAGCCGGUGCGGUGGUGAUGCGCUCCAAGCACAAAUCGCGUCCCAGUUCGGAGGACGAGGCUGCUCCGGCGACGGCGGCUCCAGCGGAUCUGCGCCACUCCCGCUACCUGGAGAACUUCGAUGUGCGCCGCAAGCUGCACGAGAAUCUCACGGAGGCGGAGUUGGGUCGGAUGGCCGAGUUGCCAGGUGGUCAGGUGCCCAUACCCAGGAAGCCCAAGCGACAGAGUGUUGCGGAGUCAAGACGUGAAACCACUAGCUACAGUUCUGGAACUGCCACGCCCACCACUCCCACACCCACCGCAGUGGGUAGUGUGGCUCCAGCUAGGCAGCCACCGAGCUCUGUGACCACUCCCACAAGCUCAGGAGUUCCAGUGACCACGCCACCCGCCUCCGCCGCUGCUCAAGCUUCCACUUCCUUUGCGGCUUCCCCGGGCAGCACCUUCUAUGAGCCACCCAGCACUUCCUACAGGGAUCCAACCGGCACUGGCCAUAAGGAACCACCAAGCACUUCCUUCAGGGAUCAAGUCAUCACUUGCCGUCACGAUCCCCUGACCUCCAGCACUCCGGAUCCCAUGGCAAUGACCUCCCCGCCACCGGAACGUCGUCACUCGCAGUCGACGGAUGAGCAUGAGCCCAUUGAGUCCUCGGAGAGCGAACGGGACUCUGACAUGGCCGGUAGCUCCUCGGUGACCACUGCCGUCCCGGCGGGCGCCGAGGCGGGCGGUCGCCGGCACCACAACUUUCCGCGCAACGUGUGUGUCAUCGAGGAGCACGAGAGCACUGGUCUGGUGUCCCAGGAGUCGUUCGAGGACGAGCUGCCCUACAUACCCACCACGCUGCCCGAGGAGCGUGCCCAGGGUGUGCCCAUCAUCCCCAUGCGGGAGCGGGCCAACAUGGAGCUCAAGACAUGUCCGGUGGACAGGCCGAGAUCCACCACGCCGCUGAAUCCCUCACAUCUCGAGGAGUACUGCACGGGGAUAAUGACGCCGCAGGAGGUGACACCCGGUGGUGGUCAUCAGGAAAUCGAUGGGGGAGGCGGUGGGGGAGGAGUCACCGCGGGUGGAGGAGGAGUCACCACCGGCACUGCCGGACCAGGUGCUCCAGUGCGUGGCGAGAAGCUAAGGAUCAGCUUACCUCGCAAGGAGUCCCUUGGCAAGGAGCGCAUUCAGAACUCCAAGUCGCCGCGUCGCGUGUCCAACACCAGUGGCAAGACCUGGUUCGAGUUCGCCGAGGAGGGUCUGCGAGCCAACAAUAACCUGGAGCGCAAGGACUCCGCCAAGCAGUUGCUCCCGGUGGUCACACCACCAGCAGCAGCAGCACCACCACCACCACUGGCUGCUCCCUCGCAUCUGGAGGAGCCGAAGCCGAAGGCGUCGACCCAGCGCAAGCUCUCCGGCCACUGGAUCGACUUCGAGAACAUACCUGAGAAGCGGAAGCCGGCCAAGCGGAUCACCACCUUGCCCAAGGAGACGCUGACGAGCAGUGUGGCCGCCACGGCAACCACCAGUUCCUCCUCCGCCUGCGGCAGUGGCCACCAUCGAUCCGGCACUGGAGCCGGCACUGGCCACCACCAUCACCACCAGCAUCAUCAGCAGCAGCAGCACCAGCAGGCAGCGAAAUCGCAUCAGGAUGGGGGCGACAAGCUGCACUACAACUAUGUGAAGCCGGAGGAUUGCCAGUGCGAGUGCCACGAGGCGGAGCGCGGCGAAUCCUCGACAGCAACGGCCGGCGGCGGAGAUACCAGCACGGAGACGGGCACUGGAACGGGCACGGGAACGGGCACGGGCAGUGAGUCGCUGGCCUCCGUGGAGCUACUGCAGCAGGGCGAGGACAUGUUGCCACUGCUCGAACCCGACACCUCGGCGGAGGGCAGGAUUUACGGGGACGAUGAACAGGCGCCUCUGGUCCGUCACAGUGGCAAGAGCCUGUCCAAUCCCAGGGUGACCCAACACGAUGAGUUCCCACGCCGGGAUGAUGGUUCAAGUCCUCGUAAUCGCAGGUUCCCCGACCGAAAGUAAACGUCUUCUCUUCUUUGGUUCUUUGGUUCGAACUGGAACGGUUCUUCAUAGAUCUUCAGGGUAGCUAAGCCGGUAAUCUAUCUCUAUGUAAGUCGAGUCACUAAACUAAGGGCCAGCCUUUGCUCCUGGCCUAUAUCCUUAAUGUACCUCAAGCAGAGUGGUUGUUAUACGUGCAGAAGCCGAGGGACACUGAUCGCUAGACAAUGAUGCGUAUUACCUUUCGACUCGAUUAGCUAAAAACCAAAUAAAACUCUAAAUGGAAUAUUAUUAAAAGAAAAUACAAGAUAAUAUGCAUACGAUACUCGGUACUACAAUACAUACAUACAUAUAUAGCUCAUGAAUGUACAUGGUUAGGGUAAUUUUUUUGAUAGCAACAAUUACAACACUCACUCUACAUAUAUAGCAAUCCUGACGGACCGAAGGGUCCAUUUCCCUAGAAACUUUUCGCUGGCAAUUUUUACUAUAUGUGAUCUCAGACAAAGUGUUAUACAUGCAUACGAGGCGCGUUGGACAUCCGAUCGGAUUCUCUAGCUGUAAGUCGGUGUAUUUGUGUGUAGUUUGUUAACUAGCUCAGACAAAUCCGGAAUCCCGAAUCCCUAGAGUCCAAAAACCAGAAACCAGAAUCCUUAAUCCCUAGGCUUAGUCACUAAUCUCUUCUAUAUCGGUGUCUGUGUCCGUUUCUAUGCGUGCGUCUGUGUGUGUGUGUUUUGGAGAUCCAUAUCUCUCUGUAGCACCACCCUCCCGAUUUCGACCCAUAUCCCUAGGAGUCUCACGAUGAGACACAUUAAACGAUCUAUGAACGAGUUGUAAUCGUUUUCAGUUGGUCAAAAUACAAAAAGAAAAUACACAAAAAGUAGCCUGAUUCAUAUAGCCUUUAGUUGAGUUCGAAGCGUUAGUUAGUUAGUCAGCCCCGAUUUUGCCGGGUGUGUUGUAAAUACAUAAGUCUAAACUAGAUUACAGUAUUCGAUACAAAAGGGAUUUUGACGUUGACAUUUUUUUUUUGCGGUCCAAAGAAAUUCCGCCAAAAGUUUGUGAACUUUUAAAUGCUUAUAUUAUAUACGGGAAUAUAAUUAUAAAGCCAACAAACUGCCAGCACACACACACUUGCCAUAUGAGAAGUUCCUCCUUUGUUUUUGUUUUGGGGGUAACCGGUUUGGUGACCCCGUUCGGUUUAUGCGCCCCAAACAUCACGGUACGAAUACGAUCUAUGAGCUAGCUUCAAAGGAACAGUCGAGUACCCAAAGGAUAUUUCCUUUUUUCUGACGCUCAUACGGAAUCGAACGAAAUACAAAAACACCCUCUAGCUAGCCUUUGAAAUUCCUAAAUACUUUAUUGAACUUAGCGGACAACGGACAUUCAUUAAAUUGAAGCAAAAUCAAGCGAAUAAAAUUUAAAUUAAUAUUAAUGCAUCUUAAGGAAAUCUUAUAGGUAAAUUAUACAAUACAUAAACAACAUUGAAAAUGUGCGAUGCGAGGUCAGGAUAAAUGGGAGCUUGAAUCAGAGAACUGUACGAGUUUAUCGAAAGAAUUUCAUAGCCCCCAAAUAGUCCCAAUAAGGUAUUACGUAACGAAAACCUUUUUUGUAUUUUUUUUUUGGUAGCAGAAGUGGUGAAGCACAAAAUGCACUCGAGACAUAUACGAUAUAUAGGCGUAAUGACGAAUUCAAGCAAGAUCUUAACAAAUUGUACAAUAAUUUCCACAAUACAUUUAUGUGAGGAUAAUAUAUAUUCAUAUAUACAAAUCUAUAUGUAUAUGCAUUUACACAUAGGUUGCGUUCCAGUUUCCGAAUCUUGUUCUCUAUACUUUUUAAAAUCGUUUUCGAAUAAACUUUUUUUGUAUAACUUAGACAAACCACGAAAAAUUGUUGUUAAAAAAUGCAUUUACAUUACGAAAAGAUAAGCGAGUUGAGCGUUUUAAUAAGCAAAGAAAAAUGAAAAAUUGUUACCACAAAUUUAUGCAUUCAUACGAAAAGGAAAAAACCAGAUGGGUUAAGCAAAAGGAAAUAAAUUAAUAAAUAUAUAUAUAUGUAUGCACUUUCAUUAUUUAACGAUUUCAUAUAGGCGAAAAUGAUGAUUAUGAUGAGGAGCAGGCAGAACAUUAAUUGAAAACUAUUCAUUAAAGUGACAAAAACAUACUUAAACAAA